UUAACCUAAAAUUUGACAAUUUCAAUAACUUCAAAAAUAUAAAAAAAAUAUUCAAAAUUUCUAAGUCAAAUAUGCUUUAAAAAGUAAAAAAGAACACAUGGUUUACACGUCAAAUAAUUGAAACGAAAUGGAUAAAGAAACUACAACUCUGCACUUAUUUCUUGAAGGUUUAUUUAGAAUUGGUCUGUGGGUUUUUGUAGUGUGGUUGGAUGGAAGAAUGCCCUACGUUCGUCACAUCGAUGAAGACGAGUUAUGGUACUACAGAUAUCCAUCAGUGGAUAGUUUAGUUCCAAGAAUCCAUAUGUACGCAAUCAUAGUUGCUGUCCCAUUCAUUAUUUAUUUUUUCCAGUUUGUCACAUUGAGAAAAAAUCCACACACUGUUCCUGAUAUCGUAAGCGGCAUUUACGGUCUAACAUUGGCCUACUGCAUGUCCGGGCUGUUCGUCGCCACAUUAAAAAUAGCGGUCGGUAGACCAAGACCCAACUUUUAUUUGAGAUGUUUUCCUGAGGGAUACGGUACCGAUAUAGACAUGUGCGACGGUGAGUACCAUGGACAGAUGGAUGGAAGAAAAGGUUUUCCCAGUGCUCAUGCUUGUUUUGCGUUUUGUUGCAUGACCUACAUGGUUAUACACCUGUACCACGUUUUGGACUUAAAGAGACCAAGAUUUUUAAAAGGUGUCAUUAUAGUGGGAAUGUCCCUUCUGAUGUUGGUGGCUUGUGGAGUUGCAGUUUCUAGAACAAUGGAUUACCAUAACAAUUAUUCAGAUGUAAUAGGAGGUGCGCUGAUUGGUUCCUCAUUUGCCUACCUUUGCGACCACCUAUAUUGCAAUAGAGACGUUACUUUAGAGACGAAUAUAAGAAGUAUAAUGAAGGUGGAAGUUGAAGAAGAGGAAAUUAUUAAAGAAUUGGAAGAGUAAAAGUUUUUAUUAAGUGACAAAAAUAAACUAGUUUUCAUUAAACACCUUAAAUUUUACUUCGACAACGUCCGUAAUUCCGGUUUCGAUAACGUCGUUUUCCUUUACUGGACCCAUAUCAGGCGGGGAACCCGUCAAAAUCAGAUCGUUGGGUUCCAAGGUGAUGUAUUUGCUGAUGUAGCUUAUUAGAAAAGGUAUGUUAAAGACGAGAUCAUUCGUAGAACCUUUUUGGCGCAUUUUUCCGUUGACUGAGCACCACAAAGUUAGUUUGUACGGAUCUGGUAUGUAGGAUCGGGGGAUAAAUUUACUGACUGGUGUUGCCGUAUCGAAACCUUUCCCUAAAGUCCAGGAACCGCCUUUACUUCUUGCUUCUUUCUAGAAAUAAAAAAUGUAGGUUGGGUUUUUGAUUGGCACGAGAAGAAUUUUCUCAUA